AUGGUGUGCCUGGGUUUCCUCCUCCCCGUGGGCUGCCUCCUCCUCCUCAGCACCGGGGCCCAGGGGGAGUAUGGUGUGGUCCAUGUGGUGUCAGAGAACUGGAGCAAGGACUACUGUGUCCUCUUCAGCUCUGACUAUGUCACCCUACCCCGGGACCUGCACCAUGCCCCACUCCUGCCCCUGCAUGAUGGCACCAAGGCCUCCUGGUGCCCAGGUGAGGAUUCCUUCCACCAGGCCCAGCCCAGCUCCUCCAAACAGCGGCCCCUCCGCCAGACCACCGCCAUGGUUAUGAGGGGUAACUGCAGCUUCCAUGCCAAGGGCUGGCUGGCACAAGACCAAGGUGCCCAUGGGCUGCUCAUCGUCAGCCGGGUCAGCAACCAACAGUGCUCAGACACCACCCCAACAUCCCGGGACCCCCGAAAGCCUUUGCCAGAUCUCACCAUCCCUGUGGUUGUACUCCGCUACACUGACAUGAUUGACAUUCUCAGCCACACUCAGGGUGACACCGAUGUCCGUGUGGCCAUGUACGCCCCUCCAGAGCCCGUCAUUGACUACAACAUGGUGGUCAUUUUCAUCCUGGCGGUGGGCACCGUGGCCGUGGGUGGCUACUGGGCCGGACUGAUGGAGGCCGAUCGGCUUCAGCGACGCCGGGCCCGGGGAGGAGGGGGGCCUGGCGGUCAGAAUCAGCCACAAGCAGUAGCAGCCGAGGGGUCCCAGGUGGCCCAGGAAGAUGAAAAUGAUGAGGACACACCAGUGGAAUUUACACCAGCCAUGACGGGCGCUGUGGUCACCAUGUCCUGUUCCAUAAUGGUACUACUCUACUUCUUCUAUGACUGUUUCAUCUAUGUCAUGAUUGGGAUCUUUGGUCUUGGUGCCAGCAUGGGUCUCUACAGCUGCCUGGCACCCCUGGCAUGCUAUCUGCCCUUGUGGCAUUGUCAGUUGCCUCUGCCUGGCCGCCGUGCCUAUCUGCAGCUACCACUGCUGCUGCUGGCAGGACUGUGCACCACUGUGACAAUCCUCUGGGUCACCUACCGCAAUGAGGACCGCUGGGCAUGGUUCCUGCAGGACCUGUUGGGUGUAGCCUAUUGCCUUUUCGUUCUGCGGCAUGUGCGGCUGCCCACACUCAAGAACUGUGCCUCUUUCUUGCUGGCACUGCUGGCCUUUGAUGUCUUCUUUGUCUUUGUCACACCUCUCUUCACCAAGUCUGGUGAGAGCAUCAUGGUGGAGGUUGCAUUAGGCCCGGCAGAUUCUUCAAGCCACGAGCGACUGCCCAUGGUGCUCAAAGUGCCCCGUCUCAGCUUCUCGGCCUUGACACUGUGUGACCAGCCCUUCUCCAUCCUUGGCUUUGGUGACAUCAUGGUCCCUGGCUUCCUGGUUGCCUACUGUCACCGCUUUGAUGUGCACAUCCACUCCCGCCCAGUCUACUUUGUGACCUGCACCAUGGCCUAUGCUGUGGGCCUUCUGGUCACCUUUGUGGCCAUGGUCCUUAUGGAGAUGGGCCAGCCCGCCCUUCUGUACUUAGUGUCCAGCACCUUACUCACCAGUCUGGGGAUGGCUGCCUGCCGCCAAGAGCUUACCCUCUUCUGGACCGGCCAGGGCAAAACCAAGACAUCUGACCAGCCUGUGCUAGGGCACUGUGAUGUUCCUGCAGCCAGCUCCAAGCAGAAGAAGGAUGGCACAGCAGAUGGCCACACAGCCAGCAAGGCUGAGGGGGCCACUGACCAAGGGGCAGGGGACUCAGACAGCAACCUCGCAGAAGACAUGGCUGAGAUGGUCGCCAUGUCUGAGGAUGAAGCCACCAGUCCAGAGGGCCACAGUGAGAGCUCUGAGGGCUGGAGCGAUGCCAACUUGGAUCCUGAUGAACUGUUCCCUAACUCUCCAGGGGCCUCAGAGGAGCUGAUGCCACUCGUGCCCAUGGCCAUGUUGAUACCGGUGAUCCCACUGAUGGCACCGCCCUCGGAGCUGGGUCACAUCCACACCCAGGCCCAGACCCAUGAUGCUGGCCUGCCUUGGAUGGGGCUGCACAAGAGGAAGGGUUUGAAGGUAAAGAAGAGCAUGGCGACCCAGGCUCCCCUGUGA